AUGGACUGCACUCCCCCCCAUAACUUUGCAUGUGCCGAUGUUUACAAAUUGCAGAUCUCGUCCUCACAGAGCUCUGACACUCUGAGCUCGCUGCCUGCCGCAUCACGCACAACGUGGAUCCGGCUCAUCGGACCUCUCUCGGCCUCUUCCCGCUUCCUUGGACCCGCCGCUUUAGCUCUAGGCAAGUGGAAAGUGUGUGCUCGCGGAGCACACUCCAUGGGUCCCUCCCUCUGUCCCCACAGGCCACCGGCCAGCAGCGAAGCAGGGAAGCAAUGGAACGUGCCGUGGCCUGAUCAGAGCACGGCAUUGCAGGAGGCAGAUUUGGCCUCGAGGGCCGUGGUUCGCACUUCGAUGGAUAGCGGGCAACAUGGACACACAAACGCACAAUCCGCUGGCCAUUUCAUUCAAAUGCACCUCUGUCCGUAUAAUAUGUCCGCUUAUGAUGACGAAGAUAAACGGCUUGCGUACGUUCAUGUGCGUUUCAUGUCCUGA